CCCCUUGUCUGUGUGUGUGUUUGAAAACAACAGAGCUCCGUUAGUUUGAAGAUGAGCAAUGUGCUACACAGUCGAAGAGUGUUUCACUCCAAAGCAGAAGACAAAAGCAGGACGUGUUUAAGAUAGUCCUUUGGUGUUAAAAGUUAACAUUCUAAAGAGAAGUCUGAGAUCACCCAGAACAAUGCUGGCUGUAUCUCAAACCAUGGUGACGGAGGAAAGCCUCACCUGUCUCCACAUUCAGCUGUAUCAUCCAGACCAGUCCACGCAACCUUUGUUCAGCUUUCUGCGCAUGAAAGAACCUUACAAGAUCAGCGCCGAAGAUCCCAUCAGGCUGGGCCGAGAUGGACAGUCGUGCUCGUUUGUGCUAAAUGACACCCGUGUCUCCCGAAAGCAGCUCUCCAUCCAGGGGUAUCGCAAGGCUGGUAGCCCAACCCUACACUUCACUGUGCAGAACAUGAGCCAGAGAAGCAAGGUUAUGGUAAACGGGUACGAACUGGGCCAUCUGGAGCGGGCUGAUCUGCAGGAAAAGGCCCUGCUCAGAUUUAGCAAGUAUGAGUUGCUGAUUUGGCAAGAGCCUGGUGAGGCACAGGACAGAUUUGAAGUUUUGUUUGAAAAGCUGAAUGUUUCCCCGUCAAGGGAAAUGGGUAUAGACGUGCCGUGCAGGAUAGCAGUGAUGGAUACAGGUGUGAGAAACUGUCAGAAUGGAUCACCAAUGAAUCCAGAGCCACUGGAAAGUGAUGAGACACUGUAUAUGUAGCAGUCAAGAGAACAUAUUUAGGGAUCCAAAGAUGAGCUGAGGGGUUAUUUUUAGUGCAAGGAUGGGUACGAGGCUGCUGAUUUAGCACAUGACAUUUCCUCAUUUCAUUGUGUAUGAGGACAGACAUGUUCACAGUUACAGAGUCUUGGUUCUGUUCUGUCGUUCUUGUCAUGUUUUUUUUUUCUUGCCUGAACUCUAUCUUUUGAUUCUGUUACUUAAAUACUUUUUGUAAAUUGUUGACAAAUAGUUGAACAAUAUUUUGAGUAGCAUUUCUGACUUGUUUACUAUAUUUUUUGCUAACUGCCACUGAGGCAGAUGUUUAGCUUCUCUCUCUGUAUAAAAUUGUCAUAAACACUUAACUGCACAUUAUUAUUUAUCUAUGACUAUCAUUAAGACUAACUACCAUGCAUUUAUUUAGUAUGUACAUAUGUAGUGUUACACAGGCCAUGGUGAAGUGUACGAUAGCAUACCAUCCUUUUAGAAAAUGUGAAUUAGUUAAAGAAGCAUUAUUAUUAUUAUUAUUAUUAUUAUUAUUAUUAUUAUUAUUAUUAUGAACAACUCUCUCUUUUUUUUUUUUACCAUAAUUCUGUUUUAAACAAAUAAAAACAAUCUUGCAAACUUGCUGGAGUAUUCAAAAAUUUAUUCAAAAAUAUUUAAAAAAUUAAAUGAUAUGAGAUAACUUGUACUUGUUGUACAGUAAUUCCAGUGAACACAUUGUAUGAACUACUGUGAAAGAAAGGGUGGACAAUGUUUUCUCAAAUAUGUCAAGUAUUCAGCACAUUCUUUCAGUACAGAUUACACUGAAUGAUAAUAGACUUGAAUUGGAUUUAAAGUAAACAGGUCACAUCUGGGUCAUCAAGGCUCCUGUCUUAUCACUAGCUAUAGCCCUGUGAGAACAACAAAAAAAGCCAACACUGCCCUGGGCUGUUUCUCAGUAACCUGCAACAGGAAGCUCCUAGUCAGACACCCAGUCAUAAGACGUGGCGCAGUGCAGAAGCUAGAAAACAUAUCUGGUUGAUGAGUUACAUUAAAAUGUCUUUUGAUAAUUUGUAGGAGAGCCCUCUAAGAUCCAGAAUCAGCUGCUAAACCAAUGAAAAGGCAAAAGGUUAAAAAUAAAAAUCAGAUUUCAUUGUUUGUUUCUUGUAUGUUUGAAGGAGACACACAAACUAUGUAAUGCUAUAUUAUCAUCAUAUUCAGUAACUGCUUUA